CUAUAAAUUCGGAGUUUGACAGACUGGUGGCAUUAGUAUCAGGAAACACACUUGCUGGAUUAACCUAUGAAUGGGAAUAAUUCUUUCACUUUCCGUCAGUAGAAUUUGGAUUUACAAUUUCAUUAUAACGCAAGUUUGUGCUGCUGUAAUGCUGCGUUGGGACACUAAGCCACAAUAUUUUAUGGCCAAAAGUGUUAAGACAUUUAGUACAGAAGACAAAAGAGUAAUCCCUUUGGAAGAAACUUGAUCGUGAAUCAGCUGUCUGCUGAGGUUGCCACAGAAAACAACAGUGAAAUCUUUUGCUGACAUUUCUCUAUUCAGUUAAACAUGGUUGGCUUCAAACCCACCGACCUGCCACCAACCGCGGCUGUCAAGUUUUUUGGAGCUGGUACGGCAGCAUGCUUUGCUGACCUGAUAACAUUUCCUCUGGACACAGCAAAAGUGAGGCUUCAGAUCCAGGGAGAGUCGAAAGCUGCAUUAGGAUCAGAGGUGGCAAAAUACCGCGGUGUGUUUGGCACCAUAACCACUAUGGUGCGUACAGAGGGCGCAAGAAGCCUGUACAACGGGCUGGUUGCUGGACUGCAGCGACAGAUGAGCUUUGCAUCUGUUCGCAUUGGGCUUUAUGACUCAAUGAAGCAGUUUUACACCAGAGGUUCUGAAAGUGCAGGUAUUGUAACUCGCUUGAUGGCUGGCUGUACCACUGGGGCAAUGGCUGUAGCUUUUGCACAACCUACAGACGUUGUAAAAGUGCGUUUCCAAGCUCAAGUAAGGCAGGCGGACGGUGUAAAAAGAUACAACGGCACUAUGGAUGCGUACCGGACUAUUGCCCGCGAUGAAGGUGUUCGUGGGCUUUGGAAGGGGUGCAUGCCAAACAUCACAAGGAACGCAAUCGUGAACUGCUCAGAGCUGGUGACUUAUGACAUCAUCAAAGAGCUCAUAUUGAAUUACCAUCUUAUGACAGAUACCCUACCCUGCCACUUUACUGCUGCGUUUGGUGCCGGUUUCUGUACCACGAUAGUGGCGUCUCCGGUAGAUGUGGUGAAAACUCGUUUUAUGAAUUCGAGUGCAGGCCAAUACAGCAGUGCACUUAACUGUGCGCUUACUAUGAUCACCAAAGAGGGACCAGCAGCUUUUUAUAAGGGGUUUGUGCCAUCCUUCCUUCGUCUCGGCUCUUGGAACAUUGUGAUGUUUGUGUCGUAUGAACAAAUCAAGAGAUCUCUGACGAAAUUGCAGCACUCAUGGGAAGCACCGUUCUGAAAGGAAUCGCAAUUACCGAUUUUGAUUAAAGCAGGUGUGAUAGUUCAGUUCAAGUCCUGAGAACAGAGGAUUUCCUGGGUCGCCAGGUUAAUUUUUAUCUGUAAAAAUGGCUGCAGUUGGUACAUAUCACUACUUUUAAGGCCAAAGGUCAAGUUACGAGACAUAUGGCGGGCCGGGUACAAACAAAAUUUACUUUUUGUCGUAGUAGCUUCAGUGAUUUAGGGCACUGAGGCAUAGUGUUUACAUCUCCUAGGAUCAGCAGUGUUUGUCUUCAUUGUUAUAGUUUACAUUGUAACAUUUUUUGUAUUACCGCACUUUGUAUUCCUUAUUUAGAAGUGACUUUAAGUUUUGGCCAAAUGAAUAAAAAUGUAAAUUUUUCCUGUUAAAACUAUUUAUGUAUGUUUAUGAAUGUAAAGAACUGGGUCCAUCGCUUGAAUGUCUACACUACUGUAAAUUAAUAAAUGUACAUUCUUGACAAAUAAA